AUGGCCUCGAGCUUCAGGAUCCAGAAGCCAUACGUUCUAGACGCAUUACCGCGACCUCUUGAUCCAGCAACCGGCCGCUAUGUCGUCAGCAAGGUAUACGGGUCCACGCCGGGAUCGAGGAAGAGGAAGCGCUACGAGCUGGCAGUAGGGAUCGAUGGGGAAGCUGUGAAUAUUUACAAUGUCUCGUCAUUCAGACUUAUCACCUCGUAUCCGCUUCCUCCUCAAUCUUCCUUCUCGUGCCCGGCGAGCUCGAUCCGGCACAAGGCGGAGGGAACACAAGAGGUUUCCCGGUACACAUACGCGGCGACAAGGGAAUCGCAUAAUCACAAGAUCACUCUGUUCAAGGACCGCAUGGAUGCAUCUGGCAGUACGCAUUCCACCUCGCAGUCGGUCUCUCUGGACCCAGGCCAGCCGGCCGUGUAUGUAACCCCUAUCACCACACUCGCUGGUUCGCACGCCUCAGGCGAAGGCGUCCUCGUUGUGAGAGCAGACGGGACGGCAGUUUGCAUGGAUGCCGAAACUUUGCAGGAAAGAUGGAAAUCGACAUCUGCGGUACUGCAACAGGACCUUCCUGAAACUUCGAAAGCCAACCUGAGGAUCGAUUUCUGCUGCUCUGCACCGCUGUCAGAGGUCGCUCAGGCUGUCUUCAAGGGCUAUGAUAAUACCACAAAUCUCCAGCCCGACUUUGCGCGGGGAAGGGACGUGGAUGCUGAGGUCCUAAUACUUAUCUCGGCGUCCGGUUCCGGUAGGCAGCAAACCAGACACGUUCAUAUCGUGGCCAUGCCGCUACCGUCCCACGAGAGCUCGAGAGGCGUCGUUCAGCUCUACGUUAUGCCUAUUCCGUCGCCGUCGUCCGCCGAGCAGGAUGACGACUCUAGCACCGUCUCCUACCACCUCGAUCUUCAAUCUGGAAGUUUAAUACAGUUGCGCGACCAGACGUUCAGUGUGUAUGACUUGACUUCCGGCUUACCCAAACUUACGUCCUCGGUGGAAUUGACCGGGGUCACAUCUUUCCUACGUCUUAGCAAGACAUCGCUCCUUUACUCUACCAGCAACCGCCUCGGGAUUUAUAACCCGGUAUACCGUUCCAUACAGAAUUCCAUACCUGUCGACCUCGACGACCAGGACGUAUCUAUCCCCAGUUCACGCCCGGCGGUAGCUUGCUUGCUUGCGGCUUACUUCCCUCGGUUGGAACUUGCGGUCGCAGUUGUCGACUCCAGCCUGGUUGCGAUCCAGCUAGAGGCCCCGAUCCUGAGGAUUAAAAAAAGGCGCGCAGAGGGUCUUCUCAUCGAUUCAAUCGGGCGCGGUGUGCAGCCCACCAAAAGAUCUUCGGCCCGCGUACCGAACGCAACUAUAAAGACAUCGAUAUUCACUAAUUACCUUCCGGGCUCCAUCAGAGGCAACUACUGGGAAUCGUGGAUAGCAGAUGAGGCCGCGGCUGAUUCCCUCCUAUCCGCCAACGACAUUUCUGGCCUGGAGACGCUGUUGGCCAAACAGUUCGGCAUUCAAAUCCAGGACAACGCUCAAGCACUCCACGGCGCAAACGGCGAGGGGUCCGCUCAGCAUAAGGCCUCCCCUAUUUGGAUAUGGCCCAAAACGAGAGCGGGCUAUCCUCCUGCGGAUAGAAGAUGGAUCUUAUAUGCCAUCCGCCGGGCUUUCCGGUGGAAUGACGCCUUACCGGAGGACUCGUAUAUUCCACGGCUCAUCUGCCAGCUUCCACAAAGCAGCAUCGUCAAAUAUCUCGUAGGCGCAGGCCAUCUCACCCUGUCGAACAUCAAAUCUGCACUCCGAGGCCAACUUGGAGAUAUCGAAACAUCGGAUUCGGUACUGGCCGACCAAAUUAUACACGGACUGGUUGAAGCCGACCCUUCACUGAAACUCAUCGUCGACUACGUCUCUGCCACUAACGUCGGAGUAGUGGAGUUACUCGUUGUUUUGCGGACGAUUAUGAGGAGGUUCGAGCAGGUUAAAGAGCCAGCUCGAGCGCCCCCGAAACUAUUGAUCGAGGAGCCCACUACGGAAAAGGCCAUCGUGAAUGGAGAGUGGACCAUGGCAGAGUCUCGCGAAAUCCUCACGGGGCAUGGUGCUAUUGGGAAGCCAGCUUGGCCCGUAAGCCAAGAUGCGGAUGUCCAUAGCGUUACCAUCAGCAUAGUAUUAACAAAACUUAGUAGCUGUCCUAGCGCCUCUGCAGUCAAGGCGCUACGGGCAACGUUCAAGCUCGAGGAGAUCCUGUCUCUCGUCAACCUCCUCUCGGACGAGUUGGUCAGAGGGUCAUGGACCUCCAGCUACCUGGACUCGGCCACGGACACCACUCUGCACGCGCCGCCCAAUAGUAUCGUCAAGCUUAUCGCAGACCUUCUAGGACGUUGCAUCGACUCGAUCGGGCCGGACAGUUGGCUCAACGACGCCGCCUUAGUAGGGGAUGACUUCGGAAACCUGAUCGCAUCGCUCAAGCUUGAAGUCAGCGCGGCCUUGGAGGGCUUGGAAGCAGCGAGCUACCUCUCUAACAUGAUGGGGGACAUAAUUAAGUACUCUAAGGAAGCGUCUAAGGCGAGACCUGAAAGCACAACAGGUAAGGCGAAGCCUACCACGCUGUUACACGAAAAGGAGUCGGGGUCCCAAGCGCUGCCCGCCGGGCUCAAGACCGGAAACAGAAUGCCAACUCGGAAGGUGGCGGUAGACGGCGAGAUCGUGAAUAUGUCGCUGAGAGAAAUAGCCUACCGCGGGAACCAGCAGGACGGGUGUUAUUAUUCAUUAGAAAGGAUCACGAUAUGA